AUGCUUAAAUUCAGCUUCAGGAGAGAGCGAGAGAAGGAAUUCAAGCACAUAGCUCAUGGUUUGAUCCCUGCUGCUUCCAUUGCUCCCAAGCCAGCUGUGCCUCGUACCCCUCCCCCGCGAAGCCCAAACCCUUCACCCGAGAGACCCAGGUCGGCCUUGGCAGCAGCCAUUUUGUCCUCCUCCCUUACUGGACAGACAUGGGCCAUCCCUCCCGUGCGGCCAAGGUCUUUCUCUGAGCUUGACCAGUCGGAAUCCUUCAUAUCAGAGCCAAACGUCAGCGCUGCACUUUUCGCCAGAGAUAGGUGGUCAGAGGAUUUGGAAAGCCAGCAACACCUCUCAUCCCCCGAACACUCGGAAGGUGAGCUUGAGGACAGGGAGGAAGAAGAGGAGAACGAAGAGGAUGAAGAGGAACAUGUUUACCAGACUUUGGAUGGACUGAAAAAUUCCAACUUCAAGGACCUGCCACUAGAGUGCGAGGUCCAUGAACCUGUACCAACUCAGAUGUCUGGCAGAGGGGUGUCAUCUCCAGAUUUCACAGAGGAGUCAAGUGACCAAUCUCCUGAAGCCACAGGGAAGAGAGCAUCUAUCAGAAAAAACAUUAGAAGUUUGACAGAGGAUGUGCCAUCCAUGAAACCCAUUCCUGCCAAUAUCAACCCCAGCUGCGCCAAAAAACCCCCGAAGCAAAAAACCCUCACCCGCUCGUCUCCGGACCCGAGCGGGAUGUACAGUGAGGUGCGGAGGGAGAGGAAAACGAGGGCGAUAGACAAACACAAGAUACUGGAGGAGAGACUGCAGCGCCUGGAGCAGGAGAUCAGCAACAGCCAAGCCUCAUCAGACCCGAGGCCCCCUGAACGUAAUGCCAAGGAAAUGGGUCAGUAUGGACAAAGCGGCUUGGCGGAGCUGCAGAGUUUGAGACGACAAGCUCAGGAGCUGGUGGAUGAAAAUGAUGCCCUGAAAUUGACCGUUCACCGUCUGAAUGUUGAGCUGAGCCGCUACCAAGCUCGCUUCAGACCAUUCUCCAAAAUCAAUGGGCUACCAACGACAGGUUCUCCGCCUCCAUGGCUGUUGGACAUGAAGUAUUUAUGCCCUCUGUUGCUGGCUUAUGAAGACAGGAUGAAUGAGAAAGACGAACUGAUGCAAACCACAGAGGAGGACGCCAAGAAAGCGCGUGCUCGUUUAGAGGAUGUGAUUAAAGAAAAUGAGACGCUCCGUGAAGAAAUUUCCCGGAUGGGUGUCAUCAGCCAGAAAGACUGUGAACAGCUUCAACAGCAGGCCCUUCUGGUUUUACAGGAGAAUCAGAGUCUGAUUGAUCAGCUUGAGGCACAGCGUGCAAAGUCCAAGGCCAAUCACAGCAGACAACAAUCUGAAGUAACAAAGGUCUCCAAGCAACUGAUGUUGCUGGAGGCAGAAAAGCAGCAUUUGCAGGAGGAGCUGGAAGAGAGCAGAAGGGAGGUGCAGAGGCAUGUGAAGGAGGUUCAGCUUCUGCGGGCCCGCCUGAAGGACGCCGUUACCUGGGACGAACACUGCAGCAUUGCAGGGGAGCUCAGAGGACAUCUGGAGAAGCAGGAAAGCAGGAGUAAGAGUGAAAUCGACGAAUUGCUUCUGAGGGUGUCCGCUCUGCAGGAGGAGAACAGGAGCCUGGUUCUGGACAGAGCCAACCUGACUGCAGAUGUAAACACAGCAAAGGCUGAGCUGGACCUCUGCAGACAAGCUAACAGGAAGGCUGAGAGGAAGAUCAGUAUGCUAAAGAAACAGAGGGAGGACUGCACUUUAAAGGAGGAGAAGACUCGUCAUUACCUGGGGGCUGUCAUUUCUGUAGCAGAGAACAUUUCCAAGGAGAGAGACCAACUAAUCCACAUGGCCACAGUUCUUCAGCAGGAAAAGCAAGGAUUUGUGAGCAGGAUUCUGAAAGGCACAGUUCGAUUCGGCAAGCUACAAGAAGAUGUCAAA